UUCAUCUUUCAAUGGGCGUACUACCUAGAGUACUGGUGAAUGUAGUUUCGUUUAGCGUUAAGCCUAGAUAUUGUUCUGUUUUUGUUCUUUAUCAUUGCAAAGGACACGUUUGUGUAUUUUUAUUGUGCAUUUGAACUUUUGAAUGUCACUCUAUAUUCAAAAGAGGCCAUAGCUCAUGCGCUUAUUAUUAAUGUGCUAAUACUUCCAGAACGUAUUACUAUAUUACCAUCUUAUUAGUAUUAACGUGGUAGGGUGUGAAACACUUCAUUGAAAUACCUAACUGAACUGUCUAUAUGCUGAACUUGCAGGACGGAACAGACGAUAUCACCAAAAUGCCCGACAGUGAUAUAGAUUCAAAGAAUCGAUCAGAAAUGGUAGAUUUGACAGAUCAGUCGCUACUUGUUGACAUUUCGGAUGCUCUGAGUGAAAGAGACAAAGUGAAGUUUACUGUACAUACAAAGACAACUUUAGCAGAAUUCCAAAAGUCAGAAUUUUCAGUUGUACGUCAGCAUGAAGAGUUUCUCUGGCUGCACGAUUCUUUGGAAAGUAAUGAAAAGUACUAUGGUUUCAUUAUUCCUCCAGCUCCACCACGACCUGACUUUGAUGCUUCAAGAGAAAAACUGCAAAAGCUUGGUGAAGGAGAAGGGGCAAUGACAAAAGAAGAAUUCAGUAAAAUGAAACAAGAAUUAGAAGCCGAAUAUUUGGCAACUUUUAAAAAAACUGUAGCCAUGCAUGAAGUGUUUCUCCAGAGGUUAGCUGCGCAUCCAGUUUUCAAAAUGGACCACAGUUUUGUAGUUUUCCUAGAGUAUGACAAAGAUUUGUCUGUUCGUGGAAAGAACAAGAAGGAAAAAAUUGUGGAUCUUUUUAGUAACAUUAAAGAAUCAGCAGAUGAUAUGUUAUUGUCCACAACACAGAAGGAUGUGGAUGAGUUUUUUGAGCACGAGAAGAAUUUUCUAGUGGAGUAUUUUACACAAGUAAAAGAUGCAACUUGGAAAGCUGAUAGAAUGACCAGAUCUCAUAAAAAUGUUUCAGAUACCUACCUAAGGAUAGCGUCCAUUUUUCUUCAACUUGCCACAACUGAUGCAACUGACCUGGAGAGGUAUGAAUUGGCAAGUUUAUUCUUGAAGAUCUUAUUGUUAAUUUUUACUUUUUAGAAAGUUGAGGGUCGGAUAGCAUCCGAUGAGGACUUGAAGUUAUCUGACACACUUAGAUAUUACAUGAGGGAUACUUCUGCAGCAAAGAAUCUACUUUAUCGACGACUGAGAAGUUUGGCAAAUUAUGAAAAUGCUAACAGAAUUCUUGACAAAGCUCGUAGCAAAAACAGGGAUGUACAAGAGGCUGAGAACAAUCAGCAAGAAGCAUGUGAAAAGUUUGAAAACAUAUCAAAACAAGCUAAACAAGAACUGCAGGAUUUUCGAACUCGACGAGUGGCUGCCUUUAAGAAGAACUUGGUGGAAUUAGCAGAACUUGAAAUGAAACAUGCAAAGGCUGAAGUACAGUUAUUGAAGAACUAUCUCGCAUCCAUCCAGGAAGAUGAUUUGAGGCAUUAGAUUCAUGUGAUGCUCAUAUAUGGAAUGUACCAACUGCUGAACAAAACAACAAACAUGGCUGACUAAGCCAAUGUCCAUUUGUAAUGACCAAAGCACAAGUAAUCAGAUGCUGAUUAAAAAUUGAUGAAUAACUUGAUUUUUGUGGUCAGAAAAAGUAUGCACCAUUGGUUGUAUUGUAUGAAAAAUGAAACCUCUGUAAACAAGUUAGUUUAUAUAUUGUACGAAGAAGAGAACUUUUGUAAGGUAAACUUCUGUUGAAAUGAUUGAUAAUGUAGAUUUGUUGCCUUUUUUAUCAGUGUGUAAUGUGCCUAGAAUUUCAGGUGGGAAUUAUUUUUUUCUUCGAACAAUAAGUUAAAUUAGUUUCAUUCCAUGCAAUUAUGAUAUUAAUGUUUGUUUCUUUUUUUGUAUUAUGGUAAUUUGGGAAAUUGUGUGUAUACAUUUUAAGCUCUUGAGCACAAAACAGAGUCUAAGGUCAAACUAACUUAAAGGAGAAAGGACCAAAAUAAAAACUUCAGUUGUUUAGAAGAGACUUGGUUUUACAUUGUUUUUGAAAAUACAUUCCAUAAACUUUCUUAAUUAAAUGAUUAUAACUUGAAUAUAUUCAUUAUUUAAUGCUCUAUUAUACAGUAUAUUUCACAGUAUAGCAACGUGCUUAACAUGUAUUAAUUUUAAAUAAAGAAAUUUCUUAUUGGUGUUUCUUAAGAUUUGUUUAAUAGUCAGUAUUGUUUAGAUUUUGGGGCCGAAAUUAGACUAGUUUCAACAUUUAAAGUAUUUUAAUAAAAUAAAUGGUUUUCUAUGAUACUCGCUUAGAAUGAACUCAACACACUUCAUGUAGUUACAAAAAUAUACUGAGUUUUGCAUUUGCACCAUCACAAACUAACUUUUUAUGUGACGUAAGGCCAAAAAUAAAUAUUUUUUGUACAGUUAGAUUUACUUUUUGUUGCAUUUUAAAAAAGCAGUUUUGAGAACUUGAAAGAGGAAGUUGUAUUUUAUGUACUGUUUUUCAGAAAACUAACUUUGGCUGAGAAAGUUUUUACUUAAUAUGGUUCCAAUUGACAAAAGAGAUUUUGGAAGUUUCCUUUUGCUAACUGUGAAAUCUCCAGUAUUGGCAUUUAGUUAUAAUGUGAUAAGUAUUUACAGUAUCUGUAUUGUGAUGCUAAAUAUUACAAAAUUUGAAAACUUCUGUCCAUUUUUUUUUCAAGUGGUAAUGCAUGUAAUAAAUUGAGUUAAUUCAACAAUAAAUUUGGUUGCCAUUACUAAUAGUACUAAAAAAUACAUUUCAAACUCUUUGGAUCUCUAUAACAAGAAAACCUUCAUGUACUACAAUAACUUAACAGUUUUUUUGUUUGUUUGUUUAAUUAAAAUGAACUAUUGAAUAAGCCAGUGAAUUUCAUAUUCUCUAAACUUUGAAUUAAUAAUAUAAUUAACUUAUACGAUGGUUCAUUGCUGUUUGUUGUUUUUGCUGUGAGUUAACAGUAGACUAAAGUUUGUACCCAACAAAAAUGCAGCAGUAAGAGUUUACAAUUUACAUUGGUGUUUCAAAUGUUAAUUGUUCUUUGGUAUGUAUAAAAUGUAAUUUUUUUCAUGUCCAUACAUGCCAUUAAAUUUAUUAAAAAGAACAUUUCAGUA